GAACUGGGCUUGUGGGCGACUGGCCUCAGAUUCACCAUUGUGGGCGGGAGGGCUCAGCGGGUGGUGAGGUGCGGGCGGUGAGGUACGGUCCGGGCGGCUGGCUUCACACUGCGCAGCGUGACCUCUGACAUCAUGUCAUGCUGCGCAGUAUGCACUACGGGGGAAAAGGGAGCCGAGAGGAUGGAGCCUGGCAACACUUGAGCCUCCGGAGGACACUCAACGCUGCCCGACAUUAUAAAAACCAAUGGCCAGAUGCUCUGAGGGUCACUAUGACUAAACCACUUAUCGGAGCACUGCGAGAGGACAAUGUGACCAUACCCUGCGAUAUCUCUGAUGUUGGAGCAGGUAGAACUAUCGCAGUGUACUGGACCAGGAUAUGGAAUGGGAGCAGACAUGAAGUAUAUCAUUACGCACCUAAAGAAACAGUAUUCAGAGCCGGAUCUUACGUGGUGGAGAGUGAGAUAUACAGAGGAAACGCUGAGCUCCACAUCCCGCGUGUCCAGUUCUCUGAUGAAGGAGACUAUACCUGCACUGUAAUAGUCACCCCUAAUUCAGUGGAAGGGAAAGCUACUCUGCAGGUGUCAGCUCGCCCAUCCGUCACCCUGACCCCGGAAGACAUUAUCCAUGUUGAGCUGGGAACAGAGAGAUCAGUGACAUGCGAAACCACCAAUUUUUACCCCCAGCCUGUGACCAUACAGUGGGUCCGACACAAUAAAGGCUCCCCUGGCUGCUUGGCCUUGGAUCGAGGAACCUGCACCACUGACGCAGUUACUAAUGGAGAUGACACGUUCAGUGUAACCAGUCAUCUGACGUUAUAUCCUUCAUCUAUGGACGAUGAUGGGUACAGAUAUUCGUGUAUUGUGACCCACAGGUCUCUGGAGAAUGGCGUGGUGAGGAAUUUUACUCUGACAGUGACAGAGCGAGAAGAUAACACUGGCGCAGUUGCUGGAGCUGUGAUUGGGACACUCUUAUCUACAUUAUUCCUAGUCUCAGUCGUUAUACUUUACUGUAAAAGGUUUAAGAAAGACCCUCCCAGUCUUUCUGAGAUAUCGGGGAAUGAGCAGAUUAUUGACAUGGCCAGGACAACCCUCACCUGUCAGAUCACAGGCUUCAGGCCGAAUGACAUUGAAAUCUCUGUGUGUCUGAGACGAGGAAAUACGAUGAUUGUUCUGCACACCUGGAAAUCCGGAAACCCCGUUCUCCCAGCCCGCAUGACGAGAGAUGACAGCACUGGGGGUGACCGUGUGGUAAUAGGUGUAGAGGAACAGCAGGGGCUGAUUAAUGGGGCUGCAAAUCACCAGGAGAGACCCCUACAGCUAGAACUGGUUCCUGUUAUAAAGACCAGCAGACUUGGUACUUCCAGCUGUCAGUGUUCUAUUCAUAUAACCCCCAGCUUUGCUGAUAACGGAGCAGAACUGUCUGUACAUGUAGUGCACACGGCUCUGAGGUCACCAAUCUCUGUACAGAGAACACUGAACGUCAUUGGAGUUGCUCCCAAAUUAUUGAAGAUUGUGGCCCCUCUGCAUCUGACACACAAUGAGAUGGUGACCAUGACCUGUCCGAUUAAUGGAUUUAAACCCAAAGAUGUGUCUAUCACUUGGCUGAGGAAGUAUGAGAACCAGGAAACAGAAGUUGUAACGUGGGAUUCUAAUGGAAACAACAUUCUGGAUGAUAAACAUUCUCACAAUCUGACAGAGAAUGAACACGAUGAUGAUAGAUCUUACAGCUUUUUAAGUGCUUUGACAUUGAAGGCAAGCGUGAGUGAAGAUCAAGGAGUGCAAUAUAUUUGUAGAACCCAUCACCCUGCCACAGCGCAAACUGCGGAGAAAGUACUGGAUAUGGCGGUUACCGCUCGUCCUGUGUUGGAUCCAAUACAGAAGACUCUUUCUGGUGACCAGAUGGAUCUGUCAUGUAGAAUUCAUUCAUUUUAUCCAGCACAGAUACAGGUUACAUGGUACACGGAAGAUGGUACCGUUAUACCCUCACACACCAGUAACGCCCUCUCUGAAAAAAAAGGACUGUUUUAUGUCACCAGCACCAUGAAAUUCCACCCGACAAUAAAGGACGUGGGGAAGAGAUUCAGGUGUGGAGUUCUACAUGACAGUCUUGUAGAUUGCAGGAGUGUCAAAUGGAGAUUGAGUGAACUGAUUUCUACACCCACUAUAAGUGAUAUAACGUGUGACCCUGUAUAUCCUGAGAUUGGGGAUCCGGUGACAUUAUCCUGUACAGUCUGUGACAUGUACCCCGGAGCUUGUACAGUUCAGUGGUAUAAAGGUUUGGAGAAGAUGGACCAGACCCAACAUAUAGAAAAGAUCCAACAAGACCAGGAAUCUGGGAAAUUCCAUGGAACCACAGAGCUGACACUCAUACCGAAUAUUGGUGAUCAUAACACUGACAUCCAUAUGGCGCUAACUCACGGCGCAGAGUCCAUUUCAAAAACCUUUACCAUGAACCUGAAAGGGAUUCCCAUACUUAGUAAAAUCACCAUUGAUCCUGAUAAGCCCAGUUAUGGGAAACCUCUGACUCUCCGCUGCAAGGUGACUGGCUGUAAGCCUGGAGACAUAACGGUGGACUGGUUAGAGGAUAAUAAGCCGCUGGGGAAGCACCGGAGAACAGCCGCACGAGUCAGUGUGGAGAAGGAUACAAUAUACUGUACACUGACUGUAACGCCCACAGCUGAGGACUAUGGGAAGCUGUAUGCUUGCAGUGUGAAAUACAAGGAUAUUGCAGAAGCAGUCAGGAGCGAGCUCUAUGUAACUCUCCCAGAUGAAGUUCCCUCGUUAUCGGAUAUUAUUGUCCGACCGGCGAAACCUAAAGUGGGGAAGGAAACUUCAUUUUCAGUAACAAUAUCUGGUUUCUCACCAAAAUCCAUUCAAGUGCGAUGGUGUAAAGGACUAAGCCCGUUCCCCAGUGACGCUGUGACAUCAUCAGAUCUACAGAUUGAAGCGGACAGCUUAUAUACUUGUUCUAGCACCCUGAGGUUUACUCCUGAACAGAGUGACCACAACAUGUCCAUCCGGUGCGAGGUGACGCACACGGUCAAAAAUUCAAUCAGAGAGAAACAAUACAUUCUCCAUCUCACAGGGUGUGCCCCAGAUACGUCUACACCCCAUAUAUCACUCCGGACAGCCGUAUGCCUCAGUGGCCCUGGAGGAGAUCCUGACCCUGUACCUGGAUGCAGAGCUACGUCACAGAGUCCAAGAGCUGAAAGGAAAUCCUUUAAAAUAAGAGGAAUUGAGUGCCUGACGGACAGCCCCCGAGUGGGCGAUGAUGUCACACUUAGAUGUAACGUUGAUGGAUGUAACGCGGAUGACUGCGAGUUCUCCUGGUAUAACGGAGUAUUUCCUAUUGAGGGUAACACAGAAAACGGAGACCUGGAGGACGGUUCUGGCAGCUUCUCCACAGUCAUCUUCACAGCGGAGGAAUCGGACAGGAGCUGUACAAUCAGAUGUGAAGCCUGUUAUAACUAUCAGACAAUCGAGGAAACUUUCUCUCUGAGACUGGGGGAACAGGACACGAUCUGAUGAUUAUGACAAGAAUGAGAAUACCUCCGUAGAGUACUCUGUAUUAACGGUGGAAUCUCGUCAGAGUAUCAGGAUAGAGAGUACACAGCUCAGGGAUUCAUUUUAGGAACAAUUAAUACCUCAGCUCUACAACAAAACACCACAGUGAUGAACGCAGAACGGACCACACAGUAUAUUCUACUUGUAUAAAUAACAGACCAGGUUCCGGUAAAUAAGGUUUUGUGUUACGUGUUUUAUCAACAUUGCAACAUAUAAAAAGUGCGAGUGUGAUUUCGUAAGGAACGGUGAAGUUGAAAAAGAAAAAAAAAGGUAACAAUGAAAAAAAUAUUUGUUUUACAAUAAAAAAAAUGUAGAGAAA